GAAUUUCGAAUCACACGCGUCACGAAUCACGAUCGCGCCACAGCAACGCAACUUCUCUACGUUUCCUUCAAACCUAACACAAUCCAAUACUGGUCUGCGUAAAAAAAAAAAAACCAGAAAAAGAAAAAAAUAAUUGAUUUAACCCCGAACGAUCGACUCAUUCUUGCGAAGCCUUUUACCCUUUUGUUUUUCUGAAUUUUAGAGAGAGAAGGGGAGAGUUUAAGAGAGAGAUGAAGAUCACCGCGCUCCUGGUUCUGAAAUGCAUUCCGGAGGGGUCGGAUCCGGUAAUACUGGCGAACGCAUCGGACGUCAGCCAUUUCGGGUACUUUCAGAGAUCCAGCGUCAAAGAAUUCAUCGUCUUCGUGGGUCGGACUGUCGCCAGACGGACCCCACCCGGCCAACGCCAAUCCGUCCAACACGAAGAGUACAUGGUGCAUUCUUACAACAGAAAUGGUCUCUGUGCGUUGGGAUUUAUGGACGAUCACUAUCCUGUUCGAAGUUCGUUUUCACUGCUUAAUCAGCUAAUAGAUGAGUACCAAAAGAAUUUUGGUGAUUCGUGGAGAACUGUGCAAGAAGAUAAUGCUCAACCAUGGCCCUAUCUGAGUGAAUCUCUAACCAAAUUUCAGGACCCUGCUGAGGCUGACAAGCUAUUGAAAAUUCAGAGGGAAUUGGACGAAACGAAAAUUAUUCUUCACAAGACUAUUGAUAGUGUCCUUGCGCGUGGUGAGAAGCUGGACAGUUUAGUUGAGAAGAGUUCAGAUCUCAGUGCUGCUUCACAGAUGUUCUACAAGCAGGCAAAAAAGACCAACCAAUGCUGUACAAUAUUGUAAGAUUUUAAAGCACAGAGACUACGCUACCAUGGCAAUCACUUGUUCUAGUGUUAAAUAUGAUGGUUCACACAAGAUGGUGGUAGUUGUUUAUAUCAUUUAUUUGUUGCUCGCUUGCCAGAAUUUAUGGAUGUUACCCCUCUUGUAUCUUUGCUAUCGGAUUGAAGAAAUGGAAACCGACUGAUACGGGCAAUGUUUUCCUUGUUAUAAUACUAAUAUACUUCCAUGUUCACAAUGCUUAGACAAGGGCAUGUUCUAGGAAAUGUUACCUUUCUCUAUUUGUUUUAUUUUGGCACUGCUAGCUUUAUCCCCUCUGAGGAAGUAAAAUUGACUUGGCUCUAAAUUAAGAUAGCCAUAUACUUUC